UUGUAUAAAAGCAGGUGGUGGUUCAGAUGCAUAAAUGUGUUCUUGGUUUCCUGGUUAUUGCCAUCGGUGUUUGAUCAGAAAAAUGUUUGUCGUGUUUUUGGUCUUGACAUGUCUGACCGCCAUCAGCAGUGCGGACCACCACCACCACCACCAGCCUUGUCAUUCGCCCAACAUGACUGGAUUAAUGAAUGUGAUCACCACAAAGGGUGAAACAAGAGCAGUCGGUGCCUUUACUUACGAUUCAGUGGGCGAGAAACUAAGGUUCACAUCCAACGAGAGCCAUCCCACAGAUUCCUCACGUGGUCUGGACCUGCUGAUGUUUUUCAAGGAGGAUAUCUUUUAUGAGAUUGACGGUAAAACCCAGAGCUGUACGAAGAACAAGCUUCACAUAUCAUGGCAUCCUCUUGAUAUUCCCAAUGAUGCAAAGUUUUACACGGCAAUGACCAUGGGGAGCUCUUCUGUUGAAGACGAGAGGCUGAAGAUCAAUGUCUGGGGCGGGGACCUGCCCAAUACUAAAGCUUCCUAUUGGACGUCUGCAACCAUGGGAUGUUUGCCAGUGUCCACUUUCUAUUUCACUGAUACCACAUCAUUCCUCUUCGGCCUCACGGACAUUGAGCCUGAAGUCAAGGAUCCUGACCUCCUCACUCUGCCCUCUUUCUGUCAUGGAAAGUCUGUGGAAGACACCCCUGAGGGGACGGUUAACAGCUUCGUGAAUGAAUUCAUGUAGAUCAAAUGUCAGUCAGCAAUAAAAUUCAAAGCAUGAA